GUCAAGUCGAGCAAGGCUGGACUAACGAACAUCAGCUCUUUCAACUCCAUCAUCAACUCAUCAAAACUGACGGCGACGAAAACUAUACUCUAUACGUACUGAAGAUCUCAUUCUCUCACAUCGAAGUAACGAAUAUCCGCGGCAUUUCUCUCCCCCCAUUUCAUUCAACUGCAUAGACUAUGGAUCACCGUCCGCAAGCUUGGGGCCGUCCUAGAGACGAUGUUUACGGUGCCUACGAUGCCUCUUUCAUGACCGAUAAUGGUCCCAAGCAAAACACCCAACAGCCUAUCGUCACUGGUACCUCCGUCAUCGCCGUCAAGUUCAAGGAUGGUGUUGUCAUGGCUGCUGAUAACCUAGCGUCAUACGGCUCUCUGGCCCGAUUCACCGAUGUCAAGCGACUCCGCUCCUUCGCCGAGUCCUCGGUCGUUGGCUUCAGCGGCGACAUUUCCGAUAUGCAGUAUCUCGACCGCCAUCUCAUCGACCUCUCCCUCGACGAGGCCUACACAUCCCCCGACGCUCCCCGUCUCAAUGCCGCAAACCUCCACCGCUACCUCGCUAAGCUGCUUUACCGCCGACGCUCCAAGUUCGACCCUCUGUGGAACCAUCUCCUUGUUGCUGGCCUCGACGAUGAUGACAAGCCAUUCCUUGCCGCUGCCGACUUACUCGGCAGUACCUACAGUGCCCCCAGUCUGGCUACAGGUUUCGGUUCCAUGCUAGCCCAGCCUAUCAUGCGUCGUCAUGUUCCCGACGAGGAGGCCGCUCAGAACUUGGAGAAGGAGGAGGCUAUCAAGAUCAUCAAGGAAUGCAUGAAGGUUCUAUACUACCGCGACGCUCGCAGUUUGGACUCUUACUCGAUGGCUGUCGUCACAAAGGAAGGAGUGGAGCUUACCGAUGGUCUGCAGCUCGAGGCUCAGAGCUGGGCCUUUGCCGAGAGAAUUCGCGGAUAUGGUACUCAAACUGUCUAAAUCCCGUGGCAGGUGCUGAAAUGGGAGGACCGAGUGACGAAAGCCAGUCACAUUUUAAUCAACUAGGGAGGUUGCACAAGAUACAAGCCAAAACGGCUUGAUUGCUGUUACUUUAGAGAAGAUUCAGCUGGUACAAUCAUGAUGAUGAUAAUACUUGACAA